UGUUCUUCUGCAUUCAGUUCUGAUAUUUAAUUUUCUUGACGUGUUUGAAUAAAAAAAAAAAAAGAUGGUUGAAAACAAAAACCAUAACAAGAAUUUGAUGUGUCUUCUCUGGGUGGUUCCAAAUGUUUUGAUGGCGAUUUUUAUAAUUUAUGUUUGAUUUUAGCUUAAUUUUCCUGUGUUCUAUACAUGUACUUGAAUGGGAACUGUGUGGACUGCAAGUUCUCACAUAUAAACAGCAGUGAUUGGUUUUGGAGUUCUAUCCUUGCCUUAGGCCACUGCUCAACUGGGAUGGUUGGCUGGUCCAUCUCUGAUGAUCUUGUUCGUAGUUUUGACUCUACCCAAAUAGCAUUUUGUUACUGAUCGGGAGAUCCCAAUACCGGAACAAGAAACUAUUCCUUCAUGGACGUUGUCAAAGCCAAUCUAGGUGGAUUUCUGGAGCAAUUCAGUACUUGAAUAAUGACCCGGGGGAGGGGGAAGAGGGAGAGUAUAGAAUGGAUAAAAAAAAAAAAAAAGUCUAUUAGAAGUCUGUUAAUAUAAUUUACAUUCAAUCAAUCUAUAAAUCGUGAUGUACAAAGGACAUUAUUCAAUUUGUAUUUGCAGAUAAUAGAAGAUCAUGCAUAGUGGUAGAUCUAGAAUUUUGAAUGAGCACGGACGAACGUUAACAGUUAACCGUCGGCCGUAAUAAAAUAUUAAAAAUUAAAUACAAUAAUUAUUUUUUUUUAAAUUGAACACGGGAAGUAACUGAAAAACAAUACCUCUUUAUUUACUCAGUGGCGUUGGGAGUUCCUGCUACUCUGGUGAGACUGUGUGACCUAAAAAAUGAGGGCGUUACUUUCUCCCUCGUUUUACCUCUGGCUUGAGAUUCAGUAUAUGCUGUUAGGAAAAAUAAGGAUGAAAGUCAAAUGGCCAAAGUGUUCUCUGUCAUACGUAUGCCACUUGCCCACGUAACUUUCUCCACUAUUCCCACUUUCUGAGUGGGGGGCUUUCAACUUUCCGCCGUUGGUUGUGCCUGUGAUAGCUGUUACAUGAACCUUAUCAAUCCAUCAAUGAUUUUAUGACUAAGUGAUGGAAUAGCCGCGUAAGUAACUUCAUGCGGGUCGACCGGUCGACUACCUCACAUAGAAGUAGAGUGCUCAUGAGGGUCGACGGUCUCAUGUGGAGGUAAAGCGCUCAUGGGGAUCGACGGCCUCGCAUCAGCGUGUAAUGUCUUACCUUGCUCGUCAUCGUAGGCGGCUGUCUACGCCAUCUGAUAUCAAUAUGCAUUGACAAUAUUCAUCGAAUGAGAGGUUGGUUAGGUUUUCUAUAAUUCAAAGAAAGAAGCAUGGGUUCAAAUUCUAUCGAUUACAUUAAAACCACUAAAACAAAAGUAUAUAUAAUUCUCCUAGAUUUAGUGACAAAAAUCAUGAAGUGCUAUUAUGGUUAAGCUUUGAAUAACCUUGAGGAGAGUUACAUGUUCGAAUCUUCUUCCUAUUGAGUUAGUUUUGGUAAUAAUUGAAGAACUAUAAAAAUUGCACAACAAAAAUGGUUAGGAAAAAAUUUGAUUCCAGGACAUCCAAAUUGUAAGUGAACACUCUAGCAAACUGAGUUACAUGAGAUGUCAGGAAGUACAUUGAGUUAUUAAAUAUAUAAUAAAACUUUUAUCUAGUGUCACUCAAAAAAUAUUUGUUCAAGAUGAAUAUAGCAUGCUCGGCCGUCGGUGCUCGUCGGGUGCUGAAUUCACCAUUGAUCACACAUACACAUCGAGUUUGGGAUUUUUAGUUGUCCAAUAAAGGAUUCUCUCUCUCUCUCUCUCUCUCUCUCUCUCUCUCUCUAUGCAACUAAGAAGUAUGCAGCUAAUCAAGCAUGAUGCCUACUUUUGAACCUUCCCUCAAUUUGAUACCUAAUUAGGUUGAUAUAACUUUGCAUUUCUCCAUCGUUCUUGUAGAAAAAACCAUGAUCGAUCGGCAUGUUUAGCCAACUUUUUUAGAUAAUUUGUUCACUGUACAAUUUAUUCAUGUCUAUUACUGGGUCGUAAAGAUAGCCCUUAUUUGGGCUCAAUUUCAGUUAGAUUUUAGGAAAUUUAUAUUUUGAAAUAAUAAUUUUUUGAAAAAUAUGUGAUUAAAAAAAAUUUGUUUGGUUUAAGUAUAAUAUUAUUUUAUUGGAGAAUGUGUGAUUGAUAAGAAGAGAGUAAAGUGAAUUAAAAUUUGUCCAAAAGGGGGCAUAAUCUCUAAAUGCUCUUUAAUUGGUCACUCUUAAACAGUGAUGAUCCAGGAUUAUUAAUAUUUAAUUAUAUAAUAUUAAAAAAUUCUUUUUGAUCUGCCAUUGAUUUAGAAUUCUUUGGGAAAUAAUAGAUUAUAGCUGUAAGUAAACAUUAAAAAAAGACGAGUAUACUAGAUAAUAAGUAUAUUGAGAAAAAAUAUUCUUAUUGUAAUUAAGCAUAAGGAUAAUAGUCCAUGUGCCUAGGACACUCCAAAUGCACGUAUAUAUCCAAUUUUUAUCUAUUUUAAGUCUUCUUCUGCUUCCUUCAACUCUUUUAACAUAAAUUUUCUUUCCUUUUUUGCACUGAAAAUAAAAUCAGAUUCCUCUUUAAUUCGUACGGCUCUGAGAUAUGCAGAGGAUCUGGCAGAUCUUGAUUCAGAAAAACGCAAGCAUUGGAACCAUUUUCCUUGAGUCUUGCAAUAUUGGACGAUUGCUGGAUGGAGCUCGACGAUCUGCCCUAACUCACUCGAGCAACUGGAUUCAUCCCUAGCGGAGAUUGCUUUUGACGGUGGCCAAAAAAAAGGAACCAUGUGGACUGCAAGUGCUCACAAAAUAACAGCAGUGAUUGGUAUUGGAUUCUCUUCCUUGCCUUGGGCCAUUGCUCAACUGGGAUGGAUAGCUAGUCCAUCUGUGAUGAUCUUGUUCGCAUUUUUGCCUUACUGAUCUUCUAGCAUCAUGUUACCAGUCGGACGAUCCCAAUACCGGAAAAAGAAACUGUACUUACAUGGAUGCUGUCAAAACCAACCGAGGAACUAUGUGGACUGUAAGUGCUCACAUAAUAACAGCAGUGAUUGGUUUUGGAGUUCUGUCCUUGCCCUGGGCUACUGCUCAACUGGGAUGGGUAGCAGGUCCAUCUCUGAUGAUCUUGUUCGCAGUUUUGACUUGCUACACCUCUACUCUGCUAGCAUCAUGUUACCCGUCGGGGAAUCCCAAUGGCGGACCAAGAAACUAUUCUUACAUGGAUGCUAUCAAAGAAAACCUAGGUGGAUUUCAGGUGACAAUUUGUGGAGCAAUUCAGUACUUGAAUCUUUUUGGAGUUGCCAUUGGUUAUACCAUUGCUUCCUCUAUAAGCAUGAUGGCAAUCAAGAAAUCCAAUUGCUUCCGUUCAGAAGGAGAUGAUAGUUCUUGCAGAAUUUCUGCCAAUCCUUAUAUGAUAGGAUUUGGUUGUUCUCAAAUAAUUCUCUCUCAACUAAUCCUCCAUUUCCAUCAAAUAUGGCGGCUUUCAAUUGUUUCUGCAGUCAUGUCUUUUAUUUACUCAAUCAUUGGAUUAGGCCUUGGAAUUGCCAAAAUUGUAGAAAAUGGGAAAGUUAAGGGAAGUCUCACUGGAAUUAGCCCUGACAUUGUCACUCCAAUGGAAAAAGUAUGGAAGAGCUUGCAAGCACUUGGGGAUAUAGCUUUCGCCUAUUCUUUUUCUCUCAUCCUUAUUGACGUACAGAAUACAAUAAAAUCCCCACCAUCGAAAUACAAGACAAUGAAGAAAGCAACUCUAUUAAGUUUGGGAGUAACAACAAUUUUCUACAUGGUCUGUGGCCUUCUUAGUUAUGCAGCAUUUGGAGAUCUCUCACCACGAAAUCUCCUCACUGGUUUUAGCCUCUACGACCCAUACUGGGUUCUCGACAUAGCCAAUGCUGCCAUUGUUAUCCACCUUGUCGGUGCUUACCAAGUUAAUUGCCAACCCAUUUUCGCCUUUGUUGAAAAAACUGCAUUAGAUAGGUUCCCGCAUAGCCAAUUCAUCAAAACAGAGAUCCCAGUCCCUAUCCCGGGAUACGGGCCUUUCAAACGCACUCCUUUCCAACUCGUGUGGAGAACAAUUUUCGUGAUCAUCACAACGAUUCUUUCAAUACUCAUGCCAUUCUUCAAUGAUCACAUCAUUCGAAUUCUAGGUGCGUUGGGAUUCUGGCCUCUUACCAUAUAUUUCCCAGUUAAAAUGUAUAUUGUCCAAAAGAAGAUCCAAAGACACCGUGCUAAAUGGCUCAGCCUACAAAUUCUAAGUGUUGCUUGCCUGCUGUUCUCUAUUGCAGCUGCUGCUGGAUCCAUUGCUGGAAUUGUUUAUGAUCUUGAAGUGUAUAAGCCUAUUGGGAAUAUGGCCUAAUUUGAUCACUUUCACAUUAUACUAGUCAUUUGUCCGUGCAAUGCACUAUGUUAUUUUUAAGGUAAUGUUAGCGUAUAAAUUUCACAAAGAAAUCAUUCUAUGGGGAAGAAAGUAUCUUUGUCUACGUGCUGCAUAAUUAUGAAAGUAGAACAAAGUAGAAAGGUACAAGUUUGUUGUUGUAAAACACCUAAUGAAUCUGCAAUUUUCUA